GGAAAUGGACAAUCGGAAAAGAGGAUUUUUAGAAAGCCGGAUACUUCAAGCUAGCCCAUCUUUUCAUUAUAAAACUGAGGAAAGUAUAGAGUCAAGAGCAAAGCAGAAUAACAAAGAAUGAAAAAUACCUUUUAAAUCUGGGUUAAAACGCUAUCAAAAGCUAAACGAAGGAGGAAUGUUAUCUCCUAGCAAUUCAUGAAACCUUCCUCUAAAUGCGAUCCCUCCAACCGUAAAACUCCGGAUGAAAGGAGCGAACAGCUCCCUGCCAACUACAAAGAUUAGAUCAAAUACUCCUCAGCUUGACUUCAAGCUAAAAUUGUUCCCCCAAAAUUCAGCCUUAAUCCCACUCAGGAGAAAGAGAGAGGGGCACAAAGACACUCUCAGAAUCAGUCAUACCUCUCCAGGGUGUUUUGAACUUGAAAGGAUUCAUCAAGGAGAAAUAAAAUCCUUUAACGCUAGAAAAAUAGCCACCAGAAUCAAAACCUGGAUUCUCAGAACAGCUUUCAAAGCUUAUGGAGAGUAUAUGGGCCAUGAAUUUGGUUCUGAAGAAAGAUUACGAGUGUAUACCACUGCUUUCAAAACUACUGCCAGCAAGUCCAAAGUUCAACAAAAGCGCUUGAAAGGUAAAUAAGACACGGAACCACAUUAAUAUCGUCACUGAGAAUCGAGGUCAUAAAUCAAAAAUUAAGGUUAGAUCACAUUCCAAAGAGGUACUGCAGAACGAAAUAGAGCUAAAGUAUGGUAACUUCGAUGAAGAGAGAGACUUUCUCAUGAACACACCUGACUUAAGAUACAGUAAUAAUACUCCUCAGUUAGUGGUGAAUGAAGAGGAGGAGUAUUUGGCAAUCGAAGCACCCCAUACCAGCACAAAGGUUGAUAAUCGUGACGAUGAUCGGUUCUUUCCAAAGCAUCUAGAUCCGUUCGGUGGCAAAGAUUCCAAAUACACAAAGAGAAGGAAGUCCUCAGCAAGGAAAGGCUCUGCUAGAAGAGGGUCAGUUAGGAAGAAAAAUAUUAAAAAAUUUAUUCAAAAUAAUCAUGAUAAAUUGGCUGGAAAUGGAAUAAAGAAGGACUUAAUGCCUUUGAAAAAAUUUAAGAUUUAUCGCAAAAAGCGGUGAGAUAAUCCAAAAUUGCCAAGCAAUUUGAGACGCCAUUCAAGAAAUUACUCUGACACAAAAAGAUCCUUUCUUCAAACCAGAAAUACGAAAUAACUUGAAUAUAAAACCCCCUCCAAAACUUUUCGCUACAAAGAAACUACAUAAAUUGCCCAUUAAAACCCGAAUAAUGCCUCUAAAAGGCCCUCAGAUCACUCCUAAACCUAGUCAAUUAGUAAGCAAAAUUGACAAAAUCCUGAAUCCAACUUUCAAAUUGCCCUUAAUAACUCAAAAGAAUAGGAUUAAAAGCCACAAAAUGGUCAAGAGCCAAUUUUAGCUUUUCCAUAUUCUAUCUUAUUCCUCAAGAAUCAAUAUUUUA